AUGGGGUCGAGAGGAAUAAUCAGCGACAAGUGGUCGAUGAGGAUUCUAUGGGGAUGUGCAAUCGGAAGUGCAAUCGGUUUAUACAUGGUUGCUGUAGAAAGACAAACACAGAACAGGGCACGUGCUUUGGCUGAAGGAUUGAGAGAUGCAGAAUCACAAGGUGAUGGUGAUAGUGUCUGA